GUCGCUGAAGAGGGAUCCAGUGCGCAUCAGACUCCACUGUCUUAGGAGAUCGCACACUCACGAAGAAACAGUAAACUCUCUCUCUCUCUCUCUCGCCGGGAAGCUACUGAGUCGAGUCGCCGGCCACUGUUCUUUGUUUGUUUGUUUGAAUUAGUAAGUAAACGUACGUGUUAAAGCGGUUUUGAGUUUGGUUGAUGGAUCCGGGUGGGAUGAUGAACGAAGGCGGACCAUACAACCUGUCUGAGAUCUGGCAGUUUCCGAUUAAUGGAGCUCCGGUGGGAGAUUCGUCGAUGAGAGGCGGUGGAGUUGUGUUCGGUGGUCCCAAUCUGGCGCAGCAGUUCGCUGACUCGAGUCUAGAUGGUACCACCUGUGGCGGUGUUCCAGCUUGUUUGAGCCACGGGCUGCCGCCGCAAGCUGCGGUUUCGGGUGUUUCCGGCUCGAGGAAGCGUAGAGUCGCGCCGGAGGACGAGGCGGCUAAGGUCGUCUCCACCAGCAACGGCGACGGCGCGAAUGAUGGUGAUAGUAAAAGGCAGAAGACGGGAGGGUGUGGAGAUGAAGGGUGUGACGGGAGAGCUGAAACGGAACCAGCAAUGAAGGGGGCAGAGCAAAAGAAGCAGGUGCCUGAAGCCCUGAAAGAUUAUAUUCACGUCCGAGCAAGAAGGGGUCAGGCGACUGAUAGCCACAGUCUAGCUGAAAGGGCAAGACGAGAGAAAAUAAGUGAGAGGAUGAAAAUCUUGCAAGAUCUCGUUCCGGGUUGUAACAAGGUUAUCGGGAAAGCGCUUGUUCUUGAUGAGAUUAUCAAUUAUAUACAAUCAUUGCAGCGUCAAGUCGAGUUCCUAUCGAUGAAACUUGAAGCAGUCAACUCGAGAAUGACCCCAGGCAUUGAAGUAUUCCCACCGAAAGAGUUUGCUCAGCAACAUUUUGAAGACCCGGGAAUGCAAUUCGGGUCACAGCCUACAAGGGAUUACAUAAGGGGAGCAUCACCAGAGUGGUUGCACAUGCAGGUAGGAGGAGGAGGUUUCGACAGAACGUCUUAAGUUGAUAAAGAACUCUUCCAUCUUGAAAAGGUAACCUCGAGAAGAAGCAUACGUAUAAAUAUCAAUAAUACAUAUAUAAAUACGAGUAUACACACCCGUCCCUACUGCUCGGAGGAAAAGCAAGAUUAGAUUCCUAGUUUCCAUGUCAAGCAAGGGAACUGAAAGCUGUUUUCUUGGUCGCUGUCCCAAAGACUGGUACAAAGAAAAGCUCUGGAACUGCGAGGAACAUGUUCAUUUUGUUUCAACUUGGCUUUUCCUGUCUGAAAAAAUAGAAGGAAGAAGAAUGAAAGCAGCUUCUUCUUGAAAAUGAAGCCGUUUUCCUCUUGCAAAAUGAAAACGUUCUCUCUCAUGAAAUUCUGUAAUUCUUAAAUGUUUUAGGAAUAAAAUUUGGGGGGUCGUGAACAUAUAUUUUUUGCUAAUUCA